ACUGAGAACUGGGAAAAUGGAAAACAGAAGAUAAAACGUGAAUCCUUCUGGUCGAAAUUCCGUGGUUACAAUCUGGUAUCUGGUGAAAAGGGGCGACAGGCGACAGCGACAGGAUGCCGGGCAAGGUGGGAGUGAAGAUCAAGGCGGCGCGCAACCUGCCCGUGAUGGACAAGAGCAGCGAGACCACGGACGCCUUCGUGGAGAUCAAACUGGCCUCGGUGACCCAUAAGACGGAUGUGUUCCGCAAGAGCUUGAAUCCCACCUGGAACACCGAUUGGUUCCGCUUCGAGGUGGACGAUGCCGAGUUGCAGGACGAGCCCUUGCAAAUCCGCUUGAUGGACUAUGAUACGUACUCCGCCAACGAUGCCAUCGGAAAGGUCAACAUCAGCCUGAAUCCCCUGUGCCUGGAGAGCUCUAGUCAGGCGGUGCACGGCAAGGGCACCGUGCUUUCCGGCUGGAUUCCGGUCUUCGAUACGAUGCAUGGCAUCCGAGGCGAGAUCAAUGUGAUCGUCAAGGUGGAUCUCUUCUCGGACGUCAAUAAGUUUCGGCAGAGUUCCUGCGGCAUCCCCUUCUUCCACUCCCAGUGUGUGCCAUUUGGCUACCGCGCCCAGGUGAUUCACGGCUUCGUUGAGGAACUGGUGGUGAAUGACGAUCCGGAGUACCAGUGGAUAGACAAAAUUCGCACUCCCCGUGCUUCCAAUGAGGCCCGACAGGUGGUAUUCCUCAAGUUGUCGGGCCAGGUGCAGAGGAGAAUGGGCCUGAAGGCCAUAAACAUGGGCGCCAAUGCCGUCAUCGGCUAUACCCAGUGCUUCGAUCUGGAGGGCGAUGUGGGCGUGGUGGCCCGAGGCAUUGGAACGGCUGUCACGCUGAUCAAGGACACCAGCACCAGUCAGCCGAACAGCGCGGAUGUGGCCCUCAUCGAAGAACUGACACAAAAGUAUCUAGACUUCCUCAACUGUGCGGGGGCGAGCAGCGCAAGUCUGCCGCUUUCCGGCCGCACGCCCCAAUAUCGUCUCAAUAUAUAUAGGGAGCCCAGCUCGUCGGCGCCUUCGUCUGCAGCAGCGGCGGCAGCAGCAACGAUGUUCUACCUGGAGAGUGCCAGCAGCGACACCGAGGAUGCGGAACUUAUGCAGAAUCUCAUAAGGCAGGAGGACGAGCGAGGCGAUCGAAGUCGCGAGAAGAAAUUGCGACACCGCAUGCGCCGACUAACCCUCUCCUCCAGCAAGGUCUUUACUCAGAAGUAUACCACGCUUAUCCGUCGGAUUGAGCCAAAGAUCCCGGAGAAUGCUACGCAAUCGUUGAGCAGCAUCUUUGGAGGAGCUGCGGCUGCCACUUCGAGUUUCAGGCGACGGCGCAAGUCUCGCUUUAACGCGUCCACCUUCAAGUCAGCUAUUCCGCCGUUCAUAACGCGUUCCAUCAGCAGCGAUGCGGACGAGCGUCCUGGACAUAUGCCUGUCAAAAGCUUUCUCACAGUGCCCGGCUUGUCGGAGUACCAGGAAAACACUCGUUCGGCUCCUGAUCUACCAGGAGAUGAGUUUCAGGCCAAAACCCGGCCAUCAUCCAAUUACUCAACUGAUUCAGAAGAAGAGUCUCUACAGUUGGAUUUGGAAAUAGGAGCGCCCGAUAGCAAUUUGGACGAGUCCCCAGACGACGAUGAGGAGAACCUACAGGAUAAUUGGAUUAGGCCAGGAGAGACGCGAAGCUGUGAGAACAGCCAACAAGAUUUGGGUCCUAGGCACCACAAUCUGCUCGAGGAUUUCAAAGGCUUCUCUCGUCGCUUGCAAAAGAUGAUGCACCUGAAUCCCAAGAGUAGCGAAGUGGAGAAGCGACCAAAGCUGCCGUUUGUGCCCUCGCUGGAACGCAAGCCGUACUACAGCUCACAACCGGAGUUGCCCACCUGCUCCGAUGACUGGCUGGGACCGAAUCUCAGUGGCUCCUCGUCCAUGCUGCAAUUGAACGUGCUUUCCACCUACGAGAAGGCCAUGCAGCGUAGUGCCUCACUGAAUCAUUUGGUGGCACCCGAAUCCCCUGUACCGCCCAACACGUUGCUGCUGAAGGCGCCCGAGCUGCGCGUCUGCCCCUCGACACCCACCCCCACCCAAUCCGACCACUUCACCUUUGAAAACUUUAACCCCCCCUGCCUUGCCCAAUUAGAUCAAUCUGUAAAUAUCUCUAAUAGUACUAACCAUAGUAACCACAAUAAUGAAUCAUCAUUGCUUGCUCCAUUUGCCAUUCGUCAACAACAACAACCACGCGAAUUUAGAUCCAGCACUGACCUGCAACAGCAGCCAAGCUCAACAGGAGCAGCCGGAAGCAGUGGACCGACCAAUAUACCCACAACAGUGGAGGGCAGCAGUCCCAAUUUGAAGCGCUUCGCCUCGCCGGUGGGCAGCAGUCGUCUUAAGCUGACGCCCAGUCCCUCGAAGAGCGGCAUCUCGGCGACCACGAACGCGGACAGCGCCUCCACGUCCACCGCCUCGACGGCCACCACCAUGGUGCCGGUCACCGUCGGCGAGAUCUGCCGAAGAUCCUCCGACUCCGACCUAAGUGUCACGCCCAAAGGAAACUCUAUUUGUGUGGCCAGUGAGCGUCUUGUGGCCGCCACGGCCAUGAUGCGUUUAACGCAACCGGCGGUGGGAGCCAAACCAGGAACAGCAGCCGACAGCCUAGACAUGUUGGAAUACCCCUUCCUGACCAUGACAAAGUACCCGACGGGCUUUAUUCUUCAUCUGGGUGCUACGGUCGCCGCACGAUCCGUGAAACUACUGGAGCGAGUGCCCAAUCCGGAUGAGCCGGAGGUGCGCGACAGCUGGUGGACAGAGCUGCGCAUGGAGAUCCGAUCGCAUGCCCGUUCCCUGGGCUGCAAUGUAGUGCUGGGCUAUGCGGAGACCACAACCAUUUCUGACGAUGUCUGCGUUUUAUCUGCCACUGGAACGGCGGCAGUGAUCAACAUGGUGUUCAAUCGAUCUGUAUCGCAAACCGAUAUCUUCACCAUGUCAAAGGCAACCGCCAGCGUUGCGGCCAUGACGAAUUCCGUGGAGGAGGGGAACGGAAGCACUGCCGGAGAUACGAGCAUUGGCAAGGACAGCGGUUCCUUGGGCACUGGCAACAGUUCGGGAGGCAAGCGUUACGGACUUCCCCCACUAAAUGGUCCCCGCAAUGCCUGUGCCAUCUGCCACAUACCCUACAACCUAAGCUCCGUGCCCUUCAACGUUAAGAUGAAGAAGUGUGCAGUGUGCCGCAAGGGUCGAGUGCCGGACGUACUCUUGGCCACUCUGGAAGUGCCCGAGUUCAUGCAGGUCACCGGGCGCGGUUGCUUUAUGCAGGCCCAAGUGGUGCGCGCCAAGAGAGAUCUGCGUGCGGAGCUGAACGCCAAAGAAAUAUCCGAUGGACUGCCCUUCCUGGAGUACGAACUGCAUCGGGUGCUGAUCAACAAGCUGAAGGCCAAGGGAAUGAAUGCUAUUUUCGGGCUACGCACCCAGGUGGCCAUUGGAGAGCGCAUGAUAGCGUUGAUAGCCACGGGCACAGCUCUGUUUCUCACUGCUCUGCCAGUGCCGCAAGUGCCCAAGAUCGUAGCUGGUAAUUCGUGGACCGAUAAGCAAAAGCUGAACGAGCUGCAAAAGAAGUUGCAAGAGACGUUUGAGCGCAAUCAGGAGAUCUAUCAGCUAAAGAGCUUGGAUCCUGAUUUGGCCGCCAAUGCGGGAGGAGCACCAUCGACAGGCGCCACUGGGGAUAAACAAUCGGAUACGGACGACUCUGAUGAGGAGGAGAUGAACGAGAUCGAUCUGAAUUGCGGCAACAAAGAGCUGUGUGUCUUGGAAGUGGAUGAUAUUGAAGACUUGGAAAUCAUUUCGCUGCUCAUGGAGCCAUAUCCGCCGGAAGGCUUCCAUGUGGUCAAUACGCAGCAAGUGCCGGGCAUGCUGGAAAUGGAUACAGUCAAAAAUCUGCAGAUGUUCACUCAGGUGUGGCGCGCUCGUCUGGAGGUGGGUCAAAGUGUUAACGGCUUUCCCAAACACUUUCAGAGACUGCUGCAGACCAUUUACUUCAAGCUGCGCACCAUGAUACCCUGUGCCAUCUGCGAUCUUCGCUUCCGACUGGAUCUGCCAGAGACGGAUCAAAUUCAACUGCUAGUCACUGGCAUGGCGAUGGGUCUAACCGAUGCCAAUAAAAUGAAAUACCGUGGACGUGGUCGUCCAGUGCCACAGCAGCAGCCACCUCCACAACAGCAGAACGGGUUCCAUGAUAGCACAGUGCACGCCACCCAAUCCCAGCCUGAAUUAAAUGGCAAACGAAUGCUGCAGGAGGAGGAUUACAUAUUUCCCCUGGACGAGGAUCAGAUGGUGGAUACACCAACGCCGACCAGUACUGCUAUACCCCCAUUCGGGAUGAGCUCAUUUAAAAUGCGCAAAACUUCACCAUCACGUCUAAACAACCUGGCUUCAGGAUUACCAUCCACUGGAGUUAAGGCGUUGAAUGUUGGCUCUGUGUCUCGUAAUCGAUAUUUUCCUCUGCGAGAUCGUUACGGAGUGGAUUUGACGCCCUUGAGUUUCAUCCCCGGUGGUCGUAUAGACAAAUAUUUGGGCAACCUCAACUUUUUCUUCAUCCGAGAGAGUACCUCGAUUCGGGAGAAUGGCGGGAUCAGCGGAUUUGUCCAUGGUUUUAUCACGGAACUGCUGGCUGUGGUGAGGGCACACAUAGCUUCACUGGGCGGAAAUGCCAUGGUCUCGUUUUACAUCACCGAACUAAUGUUGUUCGAUAAUCAGCAUAAGAAUCAGGGUCAGUGCCUGAUUAGCAUUGGUGGCGAUGCCGUCUAUGUGAGCUACCAUGCCGAUGACUGAUACAAAAACUUGCGGGGCAUAUAGCGCCUAUUCUACGCGAAUCGUCCCAAGAGCCUCUACUCUCUGUUUUCUUCCGCUUAGCUAGACCCGUCAGCUCUGCCCAGCAACUGAAGUUAAUCUAAUUCACGUUCACUUAACAACUUUACAGUCUCUGUAGUUGGAUUCUUUAUGCAAUAUUUUAACUAUGAGGACUCGUCCUUAUCCUAACUUAGUAGUGCGAAUAUUUUCGGUCUUGUUACUUGUUUGCUUGAUGUUUUUAGCGUUAAACCAAUUGCAAUUUCUGUAAAUAGUUGAUGUUUAUUGAAUAUUGAAUUUAGAACGAGUGCGAAUUCAGACACAAGUAUACUAACGAUAUAUACAACUGUUGCAACCACAAACAUGACACACACAUACUAGUAUUCCUAGAUAUCCAAUUUUGGCGUGUAAAAUACAAUACAUACACUAUUUAAAAAUAAAACAAUUGCUCAAUUA